AUGCGUACCUCAAUCGUUGUCGCUCUUUCUAGCCUGAGCCUUACCGUUAUGGGCUGCAGCACAGUGACCAAGGUCACCCAUACCUUUUAUGGAUACCCAGAUAACGACCCAGCAGGCCCAGCGACUGCUUACGAUUGUGGCCGUGGCUUCAAGGCUGGUGGCACCGGCACCUAUACCGAUCCAUUGACUUUUGCCUCUGCGCCUGGCGAGUUCACCCAGUGCGAGGUCAUCUACGACCCAUAUCUGCGCAAGUACCUGCGCUUCGAAGAUUACUGCGCCCAGUGCACCACCGACUGGAAGGCGAACCCAAAGAUCAACCAUAUCGACGUAUGGACUGGCAGCACUACAGUCAAUGGCGGUCAAAACCAGAUACAAUGUGAAAACGAUCUUACGCCAGCAGAUCGGAGCCAGACCAUUGUUCGCCAACCAUCCGCUAAUCUUCCCGUUGACAAAACCGCCCUUUAUGUCAAGGGUGCAAGCCCCGCUUGCAGAACAAGCCAUAUAUAUAACAGUUACAACAUUCGCGAUUACUGCUAG